AUGAGUAAAGGGAAGAACUGGCCUGCUUUGAUCAUUCUGGUCAUCAUCUUCUUCACUGUUGGUGGGAAUAUUUUGGUGAUACUGGCAGUGUCCUUGGAGAAGAAGCUGCACAAUGCCACCAACUUUUUCCUGCGCUCUCUGGCUGUAGCAGACCUGCUUGUGGGAGUCCUGGUCAUGCCAACAGCACUCAUCAACAUCCUCUAUAAUUACUCGUGGCCUCUGCCCCAUGUGUUGUGCCCCAUGUGGAUCUUCCUUGAUGUGUUCUUCUGCACCGCUUCCAUCAUGCACCUGUGUGCCAUUUCUUUGGACCGCUACGUCGGCAUUCGCAGCCCCAUCAAGCACAGCCGCACGAGCCACUCCACCUACAAGGCCAUGACCAAGAUUGCCGCAGUCUGGACCAUCUCUCUGGUCAUCUCCUUGCCCGUCCCUGUGAUCAGCCUGCAGGAUGAACAGAAGUUACUAGUGAACGGAAGUUGUGUCCUCACUGAGCCAAGCUUCAUACUGGUGGGUUCCUCUGUGGUGUUCUUCCUUCCCCUCAUAAUCAUGGUGGUCUGCUACUGCCUGACCAUGCGGGUGCUCCAGCAGCAUCUGGCCACCUUCUCCACUGAGCACAGGAACUGUGCUAACACCAAGCAGCCAUCGCCUCAACCCAGCCUCCUGAGUGAUGGACCUUCUUCUCAUUCUAAUUCCCCAAGAAAAGGAGUUCUGCAGCAUCUCAGCCCUCCACUAAGGGUCCGUGAGUGCACAGGUCCACGAGGUCAAGGGAAACGGCGCAUGGCACAGGCCAUCAAGAAUGAGCGCAGGGCCUCUCAGGUCUUGGGUGUGGUCUUUUUCCUCUUCCUGGUCAUGUGGUGUCCGUUUUUUGUCACCAAUGUGCUGAUUGCCAUGUGCCAGAAUGGAUGCAGUAAACGCUUGCUCAGACUACUGGACAUUUUCGUAUGGGUGGGCUACGUUUCCUCUGGAGUCAACCCGCUCAUCUACACCCUGUUCAAUAAGAACUACCGCCAUGCCUUCUCCCGCUACCUGCGCUGUAGCUAUCACAAACAAGCUAAUCCUGUGCUCAGUAACUCAGCCUGUCAGGUUUAUUCGGUUACACCUACCCCCGUGCUGUGUGAGAGGAGCUGCACAGACACUAAUGCCAACGGUGUUUCAGGGUUCAGUGGCUCCAAUCGGGUGUACAAACAAGACGAGAUGAUGAAAGAAGGUGUUAAUAAUUUUGCCAGCUCCAUGGAUAACAUCAGUAGAGUCUGAUUGGUAGAAUCAGAGAUCUUGUAGCUUCCCCACUGCUAUGAGUCCUCUUCAUUUGAUUUAAAUGGGAGACAUUAUAUUCAAAGGCUUUUUAAUUUAGUGUUUUUUCAUUUUAAAGUAUUUGUCUGUUUUUUUUGUGAGAUGUUAAUCGCAUAGGUAGAUAUUGACCUGCUAUGGCAUUACUGCCUGCCGCACCUCCUCCGGUGCCCAUAGGAUUAUCCCGCCCGUCCUUCAGCCUUGCCAACAUGCCUACCACAACCGCAACCAAUUCAGUUCUCCCUAAUGACUAAGGCUGUAACGAGCCCCACUGGCACCAUUAAUGCAUACUCAGUGCCACUGGAUCCAUAUGGCACAGGUCAGCUGCAGGGUCUUCAGCCGGGUACUUUAACCAUCGCUCCUUUAACCCCAGAACCCUAACCUAAUCCCAGAACCCUAACCCUAACCC